CAGCAUUCUCCAACUAGGGGAGUCUAUUAAUAAACAGUACUCACACCAGCUGGUGUGUUGGGAACCCAGUUCAGAAGUAGGACAAAACCGGAGAUACAUUUUUACUCUUUACAUUGACUGUGGUGAAACUUUAGGGCUCAAAAAAUAAUUCUAUGAGUUAAGACGACACAAUGGAUGAAGAUGAAUCUGCUUUUCAUGGGAAAGACCCCGAGCCUGAUUUUAUUCCUGAUGCUGUCCUACGCAUAGAGGAGGAGAACUUUUACGUCUGCCGGGAGCAUCUGGCCCUUCAGAGUCCAUACUUCCGAGCUCUGUUCUUUGGCUGUGGAGUGGAAAGCCGCAAAAAGCUGGUGGAGAUCAAAGGUGUGGGUCGGCAGUCCUUCAAAGUCUUGAUGGAGUACAGCAAGACUCGCUGUCUAACGCUGGACAAAGAAAAUGUUCUUGGGAUUCUUGAGACUGCGAAUUUUCUACAACUAGAGCGAGCCAGACUGCUGUGUUGCAAGUUCCUGGAGCGCGAGCUGCACCUCUCGAACUGUUUAGGAAUGAUGACCUAUGCAUGGCAACUGGGCUGCUCUCAGCUUUAUUCUGCAGCUCGACAGGUUGUGCUCACACACUUCCCUGCAGUCUCAGCUGAAGAGGACUUCCUGUCUCUUUCCAAGGAAACUAUAGCUGACCUACUUGCCAGUGAUGAUCUGGCUCUCUACAAAGACGAUGUGGCGCUGGAAGCCACCCUCCGCUGGGUUUCGUUUGACCCCAAACGAGAAGAACAUUUCUUAGAGCUGAUAGAGCUGGUGAGACCCGAGUCUCUCUCCUUAGCAUUUAUUACUCAACUUCUGACCAGGAUGAAAGGUUCUGACCCUCGAGCAAGGCUCAUCGGCAAGCUGAAUGAGCAUUUCCCGCCCUCUUGGUCAGCAGGCAGGUCUUUGAGCAGGACCAAAGCUAGAGAGACUCUCUACGUCCUGGGUGGGCCUCAUGAUCAGGAGCAGCAGGCACUUUAUCAGUUCCACCCUCUGAGCGGUAGAUGGCAGAGCUGUGCACCUUUGCAGCAGAAGAAUCUAACUCAGUACUCUGUGGCUGCAGUAGGAAACAACGUGGUUGUGAGCGGUGGCAACUUCAGAGAUGUGCUGUGGUUCAGUGUGGACUGGGUGAAGAUUUAUGAAUGCGUGAACCAGCGUUGGGUGGAUGGGCCGGCCCUGCAGAAAUCCAGACACAGCCACUGCUCCGUAGGCCUGGACUCUUCUCUGUAUGUCCUGGGGGGCUGCAUGGAUGAAGGCCUCGUGGCGGAUGUGGAGAGGUUAGUUCUUAGAUCAGAAGAUGGCUGGCAGGGGGUGAGCCCCAUGGUCAGGGCAGUGGAGCGGGCAGCCGCUGUGGCUGUGGGGGUGUGUAUCUAUGUAGCAUGUGGCCUGGAUGAAAACGGGGAGGUGUAUGCAGGAAUUCAGAGGUACUCAGUGAAGGAGGAUCAGUGGGACGUGGUCUCCUUUUCUCCAUUUCCAAGGUAUGAUCUAGUUGCCACUGAACUCAACGGCGCCCUCUACCUGUUUGGAGGCCUAUCGCUGCGUCUCGACAUGGAGACGGACGAAUGGACUGUGCUGGAUGAGCAAUGUCUGGACCGAAAGUUCUUCUGUGGCUGCACCACAGUCAGCGGUCAGGUCUACCUGGUCAGUGAGCGGAGGAGUAACAAAGCGUUCCCGAACAUGCUGCUGCUGGACCCUUACAUAGACACCUGCCUUGAGAUGGACGACGCCAUUCCCUGUCCGGUCCCCAUCAGAGGCUGUGUCACCAUAAGAAGGGAUUAAAGUCUCGUUUAUGUUCUUAUUUAUUCUUUCAUUUAAAAAGAAUGAUUAGAAUCAUGUAUUAAACAAGGGUGAUUUAUUAAAAUUUGUCAAAAAAGAAGCCACACUGAACAAACAUUCAGAGGUUUUAGAACAGUCAAGAGCAACUUUCCUGAAAACAUUUUCAUGGUUUUAUAUAUCAAAUACACAUUUUAGUUUUUUUUUAAAGCAGAACAGCCCUUUUAAAAAUUAAACCCAUUUUAUUUUCUGCAAUAAAUACUCAUUAGGGUAAAAAAACAAAGAUACAGAUUUACAAAAUCAUAUGCUAAAUGAUAGCAUGUUGCUAAUUAGCUCAACCUUAAACCUCCCAUGCAGUGUAAGGUUAGUGUUCAGAGUACAUUUACAUU